CGGGCCAAGCCUUUAAGGCAAAUCAAUACCGCACGUCUUAAAAAAUUCUCGCGUAAAAAAUCUUGGGAAUUGUCGAGUUUUUUCGAUCUCGGCUCGUCACACACAAAUAUUUGUCGAGAGCAACGGCUUUUCAGCUUAACUAACGGCACCAAACUCGACUAACGCAGAUCCAAAACGGGGUCAAAAAUUAAACCGACACAGACUCGGACUGUACUAGCCUGGGAAAGAAAGAGAAAAUCUAUCAACUGUUCAAGUUCAACGAUCGGUCGUCGCGCCGAUUUUGCACUAAUUUACGAAUUCGUUUACGAUUUUCGCACACAAAACGACCCAUAACACACUCGGAGGGACAUGGCACGGCUAUUUAGGCGGUUUCCGCGGCACAACAUCGCACUUUAACCAAGAUUUCCGGACCAAACUUGAUAAUCUCUCUCUCUCGUGGAAUUUUUUGGAAAAAAAAUUAGACAGAGAUAGCAAAACGCUCUGUAAAGAAAACAGAAAUAUUUCUUUUGUGGAAGAAAUCGUAAAAACUUGUUGUUGGCAUCACUGAACCCCCUAGUUGGUUAGUUUUUUUUUGCGACAAAUGUCAACGUGACAUUUCCAUCAAACGACGAGGUUUGAAUUAAUAGCAUCAACAUGUCUGACGAUGAAGAAGUACAGUUUGUGAAAAAGCCAAGGACUAUUCAUUAUGGCUCGUUGGAGGAGGCCGAAAGAGCUAGGUUAGCAGCCGGAGAUGGAAACGAGGAUAACAAUGAAAAGGCCGAAAGCACCUCGGCGAACCCGCCACAGGUCCAUAUUUCCACAGAAUACAUGGAGCUUGAGGAUGCCAUGUCCAGAGACAAGCAAGCCCUCUUGGAAGAGUUCGAACGUCGUCGCAAAGCCCGCUCUAUUAACGUGUCCACCGACGACGCCGAAGUGAAACGAAACCUUCGUCAGUUGGGAGAACCGAUCUGUUUAUUCGGGGAAGGACCCGCCGAUCGACGUUCUCGCCUACGUGAAAUACUAAGUCGCAUCGGUGAAGACGCAGUUAUUCGACGCGAAGCUGAAGAAGAACGAAAAAUAUUUGAAAGAGAUUUAGAAACAACAUGGUAUCACGAAGGACCAGAAAGUUUGCGAAUAUCUAGAUUAUGGAUAGCUCAUUAUUCACUUCCACGAGCCAAGGCCCGACUUGAAGAAGCUAGAAAAGCGAAAGAUCUAUCAACCGCUACUAAAACAGCCAAAAAACAAGAAAUACAGAAAAAGUUGCAAAUUAUGUCAAUUUAUUCCAGUCAAAUUGGGGAUUCGAGACCGAUUGCGUAUUGCCAGUUUAGUCCAGAUUCUAAGCUUUUGGCAACAGCAGGAUGGAGUGGGUUGUGCAAAGUGUGGUCAGUACCAGAUUGCACACUGAAACAAACACUAAAAGGUCAUGCUUGUAACGCCAGUGCGAUUAUUUUUCAUCCUAAAGCGACAAUAAGUCAGGAGGAAAACAUCUGUAAUAUGGCGUCGUGUGCAGCCGAUGGUUCAGUGAAAUUGUGGGAUUUUCAAAGCGAGGAACCUAUCGCCGAUAUUGAGGGUCAUAUGCCACAUCGUGUCUCCCGGUUAGGUUUUCAUCCCUCAGGACGGUUUCUAGGAACUUGUUGUUUUGACUGUUCUUGGAGAUUGUGGGAUCUGCAGCAAUGCACCGAAGUGUUGCACCAAGAAGGACAUGUCAAACCUGUCUAUUGUAUAUCCUUCCAAAUUGAUGGAUCAGUUUGUGCCACAGGCGGUUUAGACUCGUUUGGCCGCGUGUGGGAUUUAAGAACUGGAAGAUGCAUAAUGUUCAUGGAGAGUCACUUAAAAGCAGUUUUAGGAAUAGAUUUUUCCCCCGAUGGUUACCACAUUGCAACCUCUAGCGAAGAUAACACUUGUAAAAUUUGGGAUUUGCGAAAACGUUCCGUUUUGUAUACAAUCCCCGCUCAUACGAAUUUAAUUUCGGAUGUGAAGUUUCAAAGGGAGAGUGGCGAUUAUUUAAUUACCGCUUCGUAUGAUAAUACGGCAAAAUUAUGGACAAAUCGGACUUGGCAACCUUUGAAGACUUUAUCAGGCCAUGAUGGCAAAAUCAUGUCGGCUGAUAUAUCGCCCGAUAAUCAGUAUAUUGCGACUGCUUCUUAUGAUCGGACUUUCAAAUUUUGGGCACCCGAAGAACAAAAAUAGAUUUUAUUGCUAUAAACUGUUUUGUACAAAACAAUAAGUUAAAAAGUAUAAAUAAAAUAGAUUA